AUGAGCUUUUUUGUGGAAAUGUUUAAAACAAGGAUUUUCCGAGCUCGUCUUCGAAACUUUUGGCAGCAAGUUUUACCCCGUUUCAGCGCUAAGCUGCUAUGUGAUCGCAAUGAUACACUCGACACUUGUUUUCUCGUGAUGAUGACUACAAGUUUAGACUACUCAAGCGAAAUGUUUUGA